AUGUUGCCCUGGUGCCCUUCGCACUGGGACUCGGGAGAGGAAGAGGCACCAGAGGAAGGCAGCCCCAGCAGGGGCAGUGAUCCCACCGAGUCCUGGAGCUCUGGGGAGGAGACCCUAGAGGAGCCAGACUCGCCCCCGCCGCACAGGACAUCGGCCGCCUCGGAGCGGGGCCAGCGGGGCCAGCGGGGCUGGAGCCUCUCUGUACCCCACCCCAGCCCUCAGUACCAGGCCCUGUGUAUAGCUGAGGCUCAGGCACGGAAGAAGCUGAGGAAGCUGAGGAAGCGGAGGCGGCUGCAACCCCACAGCUCCCCAGACCCGGCAGCCGAGCAGCGUCCAGAAGCCUCAGCUUCCAGUGCCCCAGAAGCGCCCCAGCCGGCCCCACCAGCACCCUGGGACCCCAGCUACCAGCCUGAAACAAGAUCCUGGCAGAUGGUUGGCGUUGGUUCCUUCUCUAACCGUACCUUGAGCCAUCCCUCAUUCAUGCCGCUGUAUGAAGCAGCCGCCCACAGGGGUCACAGUCCCCUGGGCCCCCCAGCAGGACAUCAGAUCACACAGCAGGUGCCUGCCUCCCCGGGUCCCUCGCAGUGCAGCGCCCUCCCCCAGCCUGGCCUUGAGUGCUCCAUGGCUCCCUCCCCAGGCUUCCCGGUGCUGGGCCGCGAAGAUCUCUUUUUUUCAGACCCUCUGCUUCCCUAUGGACAGCAGCGUGUUCCUAUGUCUGUGGCCAACACCCCGCAGCAGAUGAUGGGCCCCAUGCGGUUGCACAGCCCGCCUCCUAUCAUGUCCUCCUGGGUUGCCCCCACCCGGCCCCCAGGCUACACCAGCACCUGGCAGAAGCUGGAGCCCCGCGUGAGCCUGCACCGGAUCGUCCUGUACACGCGCGACAGCAGCGUCAUGGUGAGCGCCGUCGCCCGCGAGGGUAGAUAUGGAGCUGCCGGAGGCAGAGGGCGCAUUUGGGUUCGCGUGGAUUUGUUUGGGGGUACAGCGUUCAUAGCUACGCACAGCAUGUGUUCCCGUGACUGCAGGUCUGAAACACCGGGGACUGCUGGCACCUACAGCACGGCUACCCUCCACGGUGAUGUCAAUCCUCGAAUGCUGGGGCAUUGA